CGCCGCCAGAGGCAGCUGCUCGAUCAGAGUAGCUGGAAAGUUGCAGUGCUCCAGGCGGGGGCCUCCCUGUAUCUCUCCUCUCCCCUAAGAUUAAGGGGACCUCUUGAGGAAGAGGAGAGAAUCGAGUGCGGCUGCUUACCACACAGCCUGCCUGCCUCCCUCCCUCCCAGCACUGAUUCUCUACCUUGCCCGAUCCGGGGCGAUCUGCCUGUCUCUGUCUCUAGUGCACGCAUAUUAUACACACACCCCUCCCUCCCUCCCUCCCUCCUUCUCAUUCCCGGCCGUCUCCUCCCCCUCCUCCUCUCCCCUCCUCUUUCCCUUCCCUUCCCCCAGAGUAGCCAGAGGAGGCCAGGCAGGCAGGCGCGGUGCUCCUGCUGAGUCUCGGGUUGUUUCGGCCCUGUCGCCUUACCGCUGCCGAAGGAAGGCUCUCCUCCUUGGGGUGUGAAGCAGCCAUGAGCGGCGGGGAGGUGGUCUGCUCGGGCUGGCUCCGAAAGUCGCCGCCGGAGAAGAAGUUGAAACGCUACGCAUGGAAGAGGAGAUGGUUUGUGCUCCGCAGCGGUCGACUGACUGGGGAUCCAGACGUACUGGAAUACUACAAAAAUGACCAUGCUAAGAAACCAAUUCGUAUCAUUGACUUGAACUUGUGUCAACAAGUAGAUGCUGGAUUGACAUUUAACAAAAAAGAAUUUGAAAACAGCUAUAUUUUUGACAUCAACACAAUAGACAGAGUCUUCUACUUAGUUGCUGACAGUGAAGAGGACAUGAAUAAGUGGGUUCGAUGUAUUUGUGACAUCUGUGGGUUCAACCCUACUGAAGAUGAUGCUGUGAAGCCACCUGGUAGUUCUAUACAGGUACCUGCUGAAUUGCCUUCAGCUGUCAACACUUCCCUACCAUCGAUACAAACAGAACCAUCCCUACCUCCUCCAUACCAGCUAAUUAACAUCCCACCAUUAGAAUCUGCUUCUAGUCAAGACGAUCCUCAAGAUUACCUGUUAUUAAUUAACUGUCAGAGCAAGAAGCCUGAACCAACAAGGUCACAGCCUGAUUCAGCAAAAACUGCCUCUUCUGAAACAGACUGCAAUGAUAAUGUGCCUUCCCAUAAAACAUCUGUACAAUCGCUGAACAAGCAUGCUGUGAAUGGAUUUUUUCAACAGCAAAGCCUGUAUGACUCUCCUCCACCACGAGCAGCCUCAGUGUCUGUAGAUGGCAGCCUUUAUAAUCUGCCAAGGAGUUAUUCGCAAGAUGUUUUACCGAAGGCAUCUCCUUCUGGGACUGAUACAGAUGGAGAGCAGCAUGUUUUCAGUACCCCAUCUGCAACAUCUUCUCUUGAAGCACAAAUGAGGCAUUUCUCCAUUAGUUAUGACAUUCCCCCAACACCUGGAAGUACUUACCAGAUUCCACGAACUUUUCCAGAAGGCUCAUUGGCUCAGAGUUCGAAACUAGAGACUAUUCCUGAUGUUCCUCCACCUCGGCCACCAAAACCUCAUCUUCCUUCAGACCGCUCCCCUGUGGAGGUCUGUAACAUGUCCCGUACUGCCUCAGACACUGAAAAUAGCUAUUGCAUCCCAUUACGAAGCAACACUAUUUCAACCGUGGAUUUGAAUAUAUUUCGUAAAGAUGUUGGUUCUCAAGACUGCUAUUUUACUCCACGGUCAUUUCCGAAUGACAGAUCAAGCUCACUGGAAGGCUUUCACAACCACUUUAAAAACAAAAGCCUUUUGCAUGUAGGAAGUGUUUCAAAUGAAGAACUGGAUGAAAACUAUGUCCCCAUGAACCCAAACUCUCCCCCGCGGCAGCAUUCUAGCAGUUUUACUGAACCCAUCCAAGAAAUGACGAACUAUGUGCCAAUGACUCCAGGCACCUUUGACUUUUCGCUGUUUGGAAUGCAAGUCCCACCACCAGCACACAUGGGCUUUAGGGCUAGUCCAAAGACUCCUCCCAGAAGGCCAGUCCCUGUUGCAGAAUGUGAACCACCUCCAGUGGAUAGGAACCUCAAACCAGACAGAAAAGGUCAGAGCCCUAAAAUUUUAAGACCUAAACCACACGGUUUAGAGCGAACAGAUUCACAAACCAUAGGUGACUUUACUACAAGAAGAAAGGCAAAACCAGCACCACUAGAAAUUAAACCGCUGCCUGAAUGGGAAGAAUUGCCAGCUCCAGUUAGAUCUCCAAUCACCAGAAGUUUUACACGGGAUGCCUCCAGGUUCCCUUUGUCGCCCCGACCAGAUUCCGUUCAUAGCACAGCUUCCAGCAGUGACUCGCAUGACAGCGAAGAGAACUACGUACCCAUGAAUCCAAAUCAGUCCAGUGACGAUCAAGUUUUGUUUGGCAGCAGCAGUCUUGAUGGAGGAAGCAGUCCUAUGGUAAAACCUAAAGGUGAUAAGCAAGUGGAGUAUUUAGAUCUGGAUCUAGAUUCUGGGAAAUCAACUCCACCUCGCAAGAAAAAGAGCAGUGGUUCAGGUAGCAGUGUGGCUGAUGAAAGAGUUGAUUACGUUGUGGUUGACCAACAAAAGACACUAGCACUGAAGAGUACGCGGGAAGCUUGGACUGAUGGGAGGCAAUCUACAGAAUCUGAAACACCAACAAAAAGUUUAAAAUGAAACAAGCAAACAAACCCUUCUUCGUCGUGCUUAAAUGUUUAUUAAUAAAAAGCUGCAGUUACACCAUUAAUUGACAGAAGAGUACUGGACAGUUAUUGAAUGAAUGGUCUCCCCCCACCAAUAUGUAAAAAGCCAGGUCAUAAACUGAAACUGUGGCAUCUGUGUGAUUUUUAAGAUGUAAAAUAAUGUGUAAAAUAGUAUUGCUUAGGUCCCAGAAAAAAUUUUGGCCUGAAGCUGACACUAGUAUUAUCGUGUUUAUGCACUUUUCUCCUAUUAAAACAUUGGUUCAGCUUUCCCCAGCUAAUGUACUUUUAACAAUUUCCCCCCUGAAACUGUUAUAUGUUAUACCAUUCAAGUAAGCUAAAUGUAUCAUAUGGAAAUUAAGGUUCUGAAGUUCAUUUUAACAGAUCAGAAAUUAAUUAGCAAGGAAUAGUUUCACAACUUAAUCUACUUGAAAUGUCAAGCGAUAUGUCAAAUAGCUAUGUUUUAUAUUUAAUACAUUCAAAGAAUAUGUGGAAGUCUCAGUUGCCUUCCUAACAGAAAUGGCUGUGAGUUAGUAAUAAUAGAUAUUAUUGGUUUUAGGAUCUACCUUUCUGUCAUGUAACUUCUAAUGAAUAGAAAAGUUUCUGUUAUAUUUUCAUGCAUGACAGCGUUUAUUGAUCAGUAAGUGAGGAUUCUGCAGGGUGGGAUCAUUACACUGAAGAAUUAAACAUCUAGUAAACCUGCAAAACUGCUGACGGUGUGCAGUAAGAAGUGCUCUUACACUUUAUUUGCAAGCAGUUAACAUUAUUUACGGAAGGUAGAAAUUCUAACAUCAGGUACGUACCUAGCACUGUGGUGCUAACACAACUUAUCAGGUUUAAACAAUGAGCUUUCAGUUUUCUACUUUUACCAAGCCUUAGUUUUGGUUUUUAGUAUGAAAAUGAAUGGAACAGUUUGACAUUCACUGUUUGUAGUACUAGAAAAACUGUGAUUUUUCUUUCUUUUUAAAAAAUAAAAUAGAUUGCUCUUCAGAUGGAAAUACAAUGUUUUGAUACCAUAGUUCUCUUUUUAUGAUCUUUAUUAUGCCUAGUCUCCUGCUUGGCCUUAUAUUUAAAUGCCUAUGCAAUUGAUAUAACAACGUUUUGGGGUUUUCUGUUUUAUUUUAAAGAAAGAGAUGCUAUAUCAAAGUGAUUCCCUUGAUGGUUGUCACUUUUUAAUUGUCCUUCCCUAGGUACAGAAUGCAUAUUGAGUACUAUUCAUUUAUUUCCCCUACUCCAAAACGUUAUCUCUCCUGAAUUAGAAACCUAAUUUAGUUGGAAGGAAGAAAAUAUAGUUCUUAAAGUAUUACCUAAUCAAUUCAUUAAUCAUGUCACGAUGGAAAAUCUACUAAUACAUUUUUAUAUGGAUUUGUUUCAGUACAUUUUAUCUUGUUGAUACUUCCUAAAUACUGAAUGAGCAUAAAAAUGUUUUAAUGAAUGCUGGCCUUAACACUGUGCCUAAUUCACCAUUCCCUCACCACCAUACUCUCUGUAAAUUGUCUUUAUUCUUAACAGUGUUUCAUUUUAAAUUAGAAAUAUUUUGAUGUUUUGAAUAUUUGUUUGUUUUUAAAAAAAGAAACACAUUGCAUUUUGAGGUGAACUUUAAAUAAAUUCAAAUUGUUCUGUUUCUUAUGUGUGCAAGAUAUAUUGAUUGAAAGCACAAAACAUCAAUGUACUUGCAGUGUUGUUGAAUUGCCAACUUCUGAUGUUGCAUUUAUGUAGAUUAUUAAAUCUUCUGGAAGUUAAAUCUAAAAAACAA